AUGUACAUCGAUCCGACAAACAAGAACGUUUUCGACCAUCUGUAUAAAUACAAACGAAAAAUGAUUAUAAAAAUGAAAUUUUGUCUGUUUUUUUUUAAAGAAUUUGAACUUCAUCAUCAAGAAUCUGUUUAUGUUUCAAAUGCAACAUCAUCAUCUCAAGCUUGUUCUAUUCAACAAUCAUCUGAAGAACAACAAUAUCGUAGUUCUCAAGAUUUUAUUUCUCAUUGUGGAGAUUAUGAAUCUGUCGCACAUGCUAAUAUUUUAUCACAACAACAAAUUUAUUCACGGGCUAAUCAUCAUCUUGUUUCAUAA